ACAUCGUAUCGUGAGCAUAAUCCAGAGGGUGUGACCAAAUUGAACGACACGAAAUUUUCAUACUUUGCCCAGUCUUCGGAAUGUGAAGGUCCUCGCUCGUGUGUUUUGUUGCCUUUGCACCGAUAUUGCAAAAACAUAAAAUCAAACCUAGCCUCAAAAACAAUACAAACCCGAAUGAAAUUUAAUAGAUACGCCAGAAAUACGACAACUUGAUUGAAUUAAUGCCAACUGAAAAUAGUGCAGCAAAAAGUAAUAAUUUCGAAUUUUUUGCCGAUACACUCGGCACUAGGCUUUGUUUGUUGUGGAAAAUUGUGUACCCCCGAAAAAGGGAGUGUUUUCAUUUGGCGUCGUUCGUCACUUGCUCGAACGCCAAAUUGUUGGCGAAUUUCAUUUAUUCCGUUAUUGUGUGGAUGUAUGCGUGCGUGUGUUAUUGUUGCAUUUGCCGUUGUACAAACGCAAACGCACUUUGCAGUUGGUGUGUGCGCGUCUGCGGGGCUGGGUGGCGGCGACGGAAGCGAUGUGGGCGGGGCGGCGGAAAGUGGGCGCAGCAAUUACGAGAGAACUGCCAAAAGGAAUAAGGAUAAGAAGAGGAUGGGGAUGGUGAUGGAGAAGGGGAAGCAGUGGCCAGAGCAGAGCGAACUUUUAAUCAAUAGAUAUACAAACGCACGCGCAGCCGCGUGACCGUUACUCGCACACUCGCUUUCGCCUCUUUGCCAUGACUCUCCGUUGCUGCUGCUGCUGGGGGUGUUGGUGUUGUUGCUGCACUGGACGAAGCAGGAAGAGGAAGACAAGUGAACAAAAUUGCUAUUGCGCUGGGCAGCAUCGUUCGUCCUCAAUCCGAAAUCAAAGGUUAGGAAACUCAGGCCUGAGAGCACGUAGCAGGAAAACGCAUCUGUAACGAGGGAAAGGAAAACCGCCAGGAGCAACAAAGGACAGGAAGAGCAGGAACACAUUCCGAUUCCACAAGGGGAGGAGCUGAGGAAAGCAGGCCAGGAUGGGCGACUAUCACGAGUUCACGGACCAGUACAAGGUGCCGGUGAUAGCGAAGCUACUCCACGCCCUGCCCCACUAUAACAUCACGUUCCACAAGAUCAACAGCACGUUCCGGCCCAACGAUGAGAUCUACCUGGAGAGCCUGGGCAUUCUGGGCUCGGUUCCGGCUGCCCUGCUGAUCGUCUCGCUGCUGGGACUGCUCUUCUAUCUCAUGACCCGCUGCUGUGACCGGAAGCCCCGGCCAGCCCACUCGAUCACUAGCCUGAAGGUGGCCCUGUCCAUUGUGACGGUGAUGUGCUGCGCGGCGAUUGGAUUGGGAUUAUAUGGGAACGAUGAUCUGCACAACGGACUGCUGGAGGUGCUGACGGCGGGCAGGAAGGUGGACAAUCUAGUCACGACCAUCCGCAAUCAGACGCACAUCUUGGAGAACACGCUGACGAAUCGCAUACGGCCGCAGCUGGUGGAACUGGCGGACAUCUUCGAUCAGCCGGUGUCGAACCAAACUGCCCUCUCCAAGCUCUUUGUGUCGCUCAAUAUUGUCCAGGGAAAUGUUACCCUAGCCACCAAUGCGGCCAGCGAUAUCAGACGACCCCUGAUGGGCAUUUCCAUGACGCACUUCCUCACGCGCGGCGACCAAUGGGAACUCAUCCGCUGGCCGGGCACGGUGGCCACCUUGGCCCUGCUACUUGUCUUGUGUGCCGUGCUGCUGGUGGGCGUGGCCCGGCACUCGCGAUGCGCCCUAAUCCUGUUCAGCGUGUGCGGCUUGCUAGCCGUCACCGGUUCGUGGCUCAUGUCCGGUCUGUAUCUCUCCUCCUCGGUGGCUGUCGGCGAUCUGUGCAUCUCACCAGCGGAUUUUCUGGUGUCCACGGCACCCAGGGAUCUGCCCACGAAUGUGCUGCUGCAUUACACCCAAUGCGAACCAGGCCACACGAAUCCGUUUACCCAACGCCUGAGGGAAUCGCAGAAUUCCCUAAACAAUGCUCGCAGUGCCAUGGCCACGGUUAUGAAGAUAUCGCUGGUGCUCUUCAAAUCCUCGGGGCUGCAGCCCAAGCUGGGUGCUGUAAAUGCAGAUCUGAAUAGCAGUGAGAGAUUGCUGACCCAGCUGACGGCGCUCGUGGAUUGCAAGGCAGUGCAUCACAAUUUUUUGGCCGCCGCCCGAGGACUUUGCGAGGGAGGAUUAUUGGGACUGGUACUGAUGCUAAUAGCCAGCUUCAUUGCCGCCAUUCUGCUAACCAUCAUGGUGUGGGUGGACUCGCACACGUGGAUUUAUAUACGGAAACGGAAUGACUAUGCCCAGGUGGACGAGCCGUCGUAUAUUUCGCAUCCGGCACCGCAGAACCACCAGCAGAUGAUGAACGCCGCCAGGACAUUGCCGCGAAAUCAUAAUGGGCACUUCAGUCCGCCGGUGAUCAGCGGCUCCCACACGCUCCAGCAUCCCAGCAAGCGCCAGCAGCACGAGAUGAUGGCCCACGCCCACAUCCAGCAGAACAUGCGCGCCAUGGGCACCCACACGCUGGGCCGGCUGCCAUCGCAUAACCACAGCCCCACCCACAUGACCGGUCCCAAUAAUGCAGCAGCAGUCGCAGCAGCAGCAAACGCCGCCGCCAACAUGCCGCCGACCACGCAGGCCGCCCAACAGCAACAGCAGCAGCAGGCGCAACAGCAACAGCAGCAGGCACAGCAACAGCUGGGAGGACCACAGCCCAUCUACUGCCAUCAUCCCCACCAGCAUCCGCAUCCCCAUCCGCACCAGCAUCCGCAUUCGCACUCGGCUGCCGCCGUGGCCGCUGCAGUGCAGCACCAGCAUGCGAUCUACCACCAACAGCAGGCGCAGCAAUAUGGCACCUAUACCACUGCGGCCCACCACGCACCGCAUCAUCUGGGGCCGGGCCAGAGCCAGAUCUACCAGCAGAUUCCGGCGCACUUGGCGCCGCAACUGGCGGCCAAUGGCAAUCCCCACUCCAUUUAUCAGCCGCUAGUUGCUGUUAGCCAGGGCUCCAUAUAUGUAUCCAAUAUGGCGACAAUGCGUCGCCAGAACAGUCAGGGCGGCCCACAGAUACCGGCGCACCAGCAUCCACCCAGCUUGCAUCAGCAACAGCAGCAACCACCGCCCCCCUCGCAGCAGCAGCAACAGCUGCAUCAGCUCAAGUCCCCGCAACAGCACCAGCAACAGCUGCAGCAGCACCAGCAGCAGCAGCAGCAGCAACACCACCAGCAGCAACAUCACCAGCAGCAACACCAGCAGCAACAGCAGCAACACCAUCAGCAGCAACAGCCAAACGAAUCGGAUGUCGUGCCCAUUAGCACGGCCAUGGAUACCGCCAUCUAUGAUCGGGAUAAGCAGAUCUACAAGUGCUCCACUUUGCGGCAGGGCGGCAAGUUUGAUCCCAAGUACAAGCCAUCGAUUCUCAACUGCCCACUGCCGGAGAUCCCCAAAGAUGCGGAGCAGCCUAAGGUGGAGUCCAUCUACGAGCAGCGUCAGCAGGCCCACCACCAAAACUACUCCAAGACCCUGCAGCGUCCACCGAUGAUGUUGCCGCCCCAGAUGAAGGCGAUUCCACCGCCGCGCAUUGGUACGCCCACUUCGCCGCCACCGCCCGUCGCCCAGCCGCUCAACGAGUCCAACGGAGGAGUGCCGUCGGGUCUACAGAAUGGAGGAGCUGUUGUGGGAGGAGGAGGAGCAAACGCCAACGAGGACACCUCGUUGCCGCCGCCGCCGCUGGAAGCGCAAACGGAGGCGACAAAGGCCCGAAUGGGAGCAGGACCGGCGGCCAAUGGCAAGGUGCUGCACAAUGGCGGAGGCGGUGGAAGCGUGGGCGGUGGGGGCGGAGGAGCGGUGGACGACGAUGAUGAUCUGCCGCCGCCGCCGCCAGCGAUAACCGACGAAAGCAACUAUGCGGUGACGGAGCUGUAAGAUGGUUACUGCUGACACACCCAGACAACGCCCAGUGAAGGCAGGCAGGCGGGCAGGCAGGACAUAUGAGAUGAAAAUUGGUCCGGACUUGGGAUUGGGGCGUCUUCCUAGGAUUGAGGCGGAUGUAGGAUAGAUAUACAUAUAUCGAGGGAAUCGGGGAAAUGGGACUAAGGAUUGCUGAAGCGGCGAGUGUUCCUUCUUGAUUUGUUGCAUUUAACGUAUGCGUAUCGUAUCGUAAUCGUAUUCUAGACCGGAAUCCUGCUUUUCGACUCUUGUACAUAUUAUAUACCGAACUAUACCCGAACUUUCCGAGCAAGUCGACACGAAGGAUUGAAACACAGAUACUAGAUACCCGCAGGCGGACAGACGGACAGAUGGACGGACACGUGUAAUAUAUAUCAGCGAUCUAUUACUUAUAUAAAUAUAUAUGUAUACAUAUAUAUAUAUAUGUAUAUAUAUAUAUAUAUACACUUAGGACACGGUUAUUCCUUUUUGAUAAUAGCAUAUUUUUACCAAUUUUAAAGCGCUAAAUUGUCAGAAGAAACAAUUUUACGGGGGCUAACUUACUGUAUUAUACAACAUUAAUCUACAAAAAUAUAUAAAUUGUAUAUCCUCUACAACAAAAAACAAAAAACAGAAAAAUUAACCGAAAUCGAAAGACCGACACUUGAACCUAAAAAGCAACCACCAAAUAUUCAAAUCGAAUUCGGAUCGUAGGUCAUAAGUUCUAGAAUCGAAAUGUAGUAGAAAAGUUAGAAAGAUUUUUAGGCACUUGUCACGGGAGUCAAUUUUUUAAGUAGAAAACGGGCAACUGAAUGGAUGGGCAAAUGGGCGUGGCUACUAGUUUUUUGUUUUGUAUAAUCAAUACUUUUACUUGUAAUUAGGAAUUGCCUAUUUUCCAUAAGAAAAGAAUUCAGACAAAAUAUUUAAUAAUACAUUGAAUAGUCGAUUUUUGAGUCUGGAGAUCUUCGUGGCACCCCUCUAUUUUUCGUUUUUAGUCGUUUGUUCUAUAACGAACUUUCCUAAACUUUCACAUGUGUGAUAACCUCAUUUCAAGUUUCGUUAGACGUAUGGCGGAUGUGAAUACUUAUUUAUACUUAUUUUCAUGGCCUAAGUUCCUGACUGACUGCAUUUAUACCUACUCCUACAUAAAUGUUCACAAAUGGCUUAGCAGUGCUAGGAUGAAACUUACCCCACUUAUGUACGUUACGUUGCAAGCGAAUCGAACCGAUAUAACCUCGAGUAUGCCAAACCCACGUUAGUUGAAGGAUUAGAGUUAUUUAAGGACCCAAGGACUCGUACUGCUACUGUUAAGACCCCGAACCCAAACACUGCCCAUCCUCCCGCCACAUCCAUUCAGGGGAAUCCCCGUUUAUUGCUCGACUCUGUCCUGGGUCUGGGUUGUGCUGCGGACGAUGCCCACGCCUGGAUGGGAUGCGGUGGGAUCGUCCGGGACUGGCGGGCUGAAUCGGUCGAGGAUUCGUGCCCGCGAUUUUAUUGUGUAUUUAACCUAAGCUUAACAUGGAAUGCAUUUAUUAAAUCUAAACUUAACGAAGAUACAUGUAGAUACUUAGUGGGCUAACUGUAUAUUUAGUAGCUAAACGAAAGGCAUGCAUAGUACUAGCGUAAUCAGUAACCAACUAGACGAGACGAGAGAUGAACAAUUCGACUUGGCAUGAAACCGAUAGCAAUAUGAAACUAACACAAAGUACUGCCACCCCCCCCCCCCUAAUUACCGAAAACAAACCGACAAACCCGAAUUAAAAGCGACAAGACAUGAGAAAACAAGCGAACUACAAAGUUAUAUAGAUAUAUAUACACGCGCGAUAUAUACACGAAUAGAUAUUAUAAAAUAGUUAUAUAGACAAGAUACAUAAGCCUAUCGACAACUAUAUACCAGCAACACGCAUCAAGAAUAAUCGAAGCAUUUUAGAUCGAUUCCCGGAGGCCAACUUCAGUGUACGCCAGGUGGCCAACGGCCAACAAAAACUAUGUCGCAUCCGAACACUGCCCACACAGCGAAGUUCUCAACAUUUACCAAUCGAUCGAUCGAUCAAGGGAUCGCCCAAAACGAUCGAUCAAUCGAUCGAUCAAUCUAGCCAUAAUAUACAUACAUACAUUAUAUACAUACAUACAUACACCUAACGAGCCCCAACUAGAGCGAUCCCCCCAUUGAAAUGAUCAACUGUAAGAUAUUAACAAUCGGAGGACUCAGAUCAAAGUUGGCUCAAUCGCAUUUUUAAAGUAAAUAUGUAAAGACGCUGUAAAGAGAGAUCGGAACAAACUAAUCAAGUUUUUUUAUUCGCUUAUUAUACAAUUACCAGUUAUAAAAAAAAAACAACAAACGAAAUACGCACAAAUCGAACAGCAGUCGUCUUAAGGGGUCCUUCGUCACGAAACCGAGCCGAACCGAAGCGAAUCGAAUCGUAAUCCUCUCUAAGCAUCCUUUAAGGAUCGCCCAAUCUACAUGAGCAGUACCGAAUUAUACUAGUCAAUGGUAAAGCCCGGAGAAAACCCCUUGAGAGGCAAAGUUUGGGAGUAAUGCGAGUUCCGAGCCCAGAUCGGAACUCCACGUACACGUACAUAUAAAUAUAACACAAUUAGUUCGUAAAUAUAUUUCUGUGUUAAAUGUUGUCAUCGUACGCGUUGUAGUUAUUACAAAAGAAAAUCCCUAAGAAUAACGCAAAAAAACAUAGGUGCGCCGAUCUCGAAGUACAUAAAAUCCGAGAAAAGGCCCAACAGGAGAUUCAAAACGAAAUUUGCACAUUUUUUUCGAAGGCCCGGCGACAGCGGCAAUAAGACGAGAGAAGAUCGAGUUGUACAACAUAUAUGUAUAUACAUAUAUAUAUAAUAUAUAUAUAUAUAAUAAUAUAUAUAUAUAAUAUAAUAUAUAUAUAUAUAUAUAUAAAUAUAUAUUUAAAUAUAUUGUAUGCAUAGUUAAAGAAAAUGUAAAGACCAGAGGCAUAAAUCGAAGCGCUUAGUGGCAUAUUAAUAAACGAUUAAAACCAAAAUGAACCACGCAGGCGAUUCUAACGAAUCGUACGAACAGUUUGAAAACUCUUGUAAGAAGUACGAAAUACAACAAUUAACUAAUAAGUGUGUUCCAGAAACCACUUUUGCCCCGUCAGCUUCUCGGAAUUGUUCCAAUGAGCGGGAGACACCAAAUUUCUGGAAUGAAAACAUAUUUUAUGCGCAAAUCGAAAUGAGUCGCGGGUAACGAAAGGCGCGAAGUCGGGAGGAAUUUCAUUCAAAAGCAAGCAGCGGCAAAGUAAAGCGCUAAAAAACAUCCAAC